UUACAAGACUCCUGACUCCAGACAUGAGAAAGGUUGCCCCGCCUACCCUCUGAUUCCAUUGGUAGUUCAGGUCUACCUCUCCAUGGGCUCUUACUAUGGAGAGCGGAGAAAUGGAAAUGCCAGUAUUGAAGACAACCAACAAUUGAUCCAGGGCCAAGUUGUACUCGAGCAUGUUGAUCUCUUCACUGAAGUGUCGGAAUAUCCUCCUGGAAUUUCGACCUCCAGAUCCCAGAUCCCAGAUGCUGAUUACACCGCUCCGACAGCCUGUAACAAGCCGUUGGCGAUUGUGGAUACGGGGAAGCCAGACGAGCGCAUUGACUUCCAUGUGAUCAUGGAAUAA